AUGUCGCCGUCAUGCUCAUCGUGCCAAAAACCCAAGGCCGCCAUCUCUCGGAGUACCAUCUACUCAGUGUCAGACUACGGCGACUCUGACGAAAAACAUAGCACUCGCUCCCAUCGGUCAUCACGGUGCGACCAUUCCCACGACGACCAGACCUCAUAUCAGUCAAUCUCCGAAUGCAAUUAUGAGCGUCACCAGUUCUACAAGCCUCGGGCGAUUCGCAACUGGGUUUUGGCGGUAUUUUUGCUGGGAAUAAUUCUCGCCAUAGUUCUCCUCGAGCUUGCCGUUGCGGCGCAUCCUAGCAGCUCCCAAGUCCACGGGGUGCGGAAACGUGAUGAACAGUUUGGACCGCGUCAUGUGCUUCAAGUCCGACAGGAAUCCGGGUCAAUCACAUCUGAUACAGCAACCCCAACACCUGGCACCUCCCAGACCACUACGGUGUCUCCCAGUCAGCCUCCGUCUUCCGAACAGUUGACCAUCACUACAACAAUCACGUCUCAGCAAAACCAAGUGACAGAGUCUCAACAGCAGGUUACCAGUGAGCCCAGUCCGACACCGACAUCUGCCCCUGCCCCCUCGACGGAAGCGCCGCCACCUACGAGCGAGACGUCAGCAGAGAGCAGUCAAGUCACCGAAACACCUGUCUCCUCGGAGAUCCCCAGCGACUUGGCAGACACGUCUUCCGAGAUCGAGGCCACUGACAACUUCGAGACCGUCAGCACACUGAUUGAAUUGAGUACGAGUACAGAUGCCAACGGACAGGCUACCACAGUGCCUGUUUAUGUCGGCACUGUUGUUCCAAAGGGGUCGACAGGGACAUCGAGCGUACCGUCCACACGCUCAUCCAGUACUAGCAACGCGAAGGCAACUGGAAUUACCUCAAGUGACCAGCAAAACGCCGACGACGCCGACGACGACGAUUCGGGAUCAACCAACUAUCGAACCUUUACACGGUUCGACUAUUUCCUUGCCAAGUAUCUACCUGUUUUGCUGGGGGUGGUGAUGCAAUCCGCCUGGCUCAUUGUGUACAGCACGUUCAAGCUGAUGGAACCCUUUUAUCAACUAGCGAGGCCAGGCGGUGCACCGGCCGGUAUGAGUUUAACCUCAACUCACCUGUCGUAUGGUCUUUCGUUGAGCUUCGUCAGCGUGGCCCUCGAUGGUCAGUGGGUGUUAUUUUUGGCGGGUCAAGUUCAGUUUGGCUUGAGUGUGAUCGUCACUCUAGUCAGCGAAUCCAUGGACGUCGAGGCGACAGCGUUCUGCAGAACCGAGAUUGCGGAGAAUCAGCCAUGUGAGCCGGUAUGGGUUGUCAACAUCGGCAUUGUCCGGGCCGUGGAAGUCUUUCUGAUCAUCUGCUUUGUCAUGGUGCUUGGAAUUGGCAUCUUGAAUCGCUCUCGGGUGAGUGGAGUUUUUUCGGAUCCUUCCAGGAUCGCCACCAUGGCUGAUCUCUUGGUCCAUCGACCCCUGAUCCGACAACUGCGAGAUCUGCCUCUGGAAGCUACUAAAACUCAGGUCGAGGAGGAGCUUUCGAAUAGUCGAUAUAUGCUCGGAACCUUUGAGUCCAAUGGGUGUCGCCAUUACGGUAUCAUUAGACUGGACACGCCUAAUAAGUCUGGCCCACCGUCAUUCGUCAUGCCAACAAUGUAUAAACAAAGCUAUGACGCACUACAAACUAUGUCGAGACGCAUUGCUGAGAUUGUCGGGCAUGUCGUGGAGACCAUGCCCAUCCUCCCAGACCUCUGCAGCCUGGCUCUGUCUAUCAGCCUUUUUUCUCUCAUCCUCGCAUACUAUUGCGUUCAUACAGGGCCAUUCAACGAUUGGAUGAAUAGCAGAUUUGGGCCAACCCUUCUUUUGACUGUUAUGGCCAUUCUUGUUUCUUACUUGGUCAAAAGCAAAGAACAGCUGCUUCGGCUAUCUGAGCCAUACAUGCUCAUGGCCAAGGAUCCCUCAAAACCAGCAGCACAGACUAUUACCGCUGGGACCAAGGGUUCACAGUUUGAGUCGCUGUACAAAUCCAUCAAAAAUCGCGACAUAUCUCUGGCUUUCAUGUCAACGGCGGCCAUACUCAGCGAUUUACUACUUAUUCUGAUCCCUGGAGUGCCAUUCUCUUAUGCGCAGACUGCCGAAGUGUACCACGUCAGCACUUGGUUCUGCAUUGUGAUACUAGUGCUCAUCUUCAUUGCACAGGUUCGCAUGACGUACAAAGACUGGAAACGCAGCAGUCGAGCGCAUGAGACUCGGCCUGAAACAAUGGCUUCUGGCUUGAUGACGCUGUGUGCAAGUCGCUUUGUUGAAGACAAGAAUAGUCGCCGCGACGAUCAAACGGAUCGCGAUGUAGGGGUAAGGACGACGACAGGAUCGUCGGUACAGGAUGAGCAGAAUCAACGACUACGCUACGAAGGCGUGAUGGGGGAGCGGAGAUAUGUUUUUGGGCUCAUGGAGGGCGUAGACGGACAAAGGCGGUACAUGGUAGAUGAAGAUGUGAUGCCGCAAUUGUAG